AGGUGCUCGGUGCUGAUAGUAGUGGAAGAUAAUUGUGAUUAGGAAGUGCUAUUAAGUGUGCGACGAUGGAUCCCAAUUCACUCUACCGCUUAAAAAGCAUUGAUACAAGUGAACAUAUUGAAUGAAGAAUAACUAUAUAAUAUAUUCAAAUAAAGUGUGAGAUCUGAAAAUAAAAGUGAAACUGCGACGAUAGCUCGUGUGAAAUGCACAUGCCAAGUAAAAAGUGAAACUAUUCAUCCAUCAGCCAAAAACAGAAAAUUAAAUAACCCAUAUCCAAUUUGAAUAAAUUUGUGGGAAAUGGACACCACAGCAGAUAUGUUUUGAAUUGAAGAGCUGCUAAGUGUUGCGCAGUGACAGUGUUUUCACGACGUAAAGUGAUAAGAAUGCCAAAUUACAAAAUGUGUCCUCGGCCGAAAACCCUUCUGAGGGUCGCAUUGUUCGUGAUGACGGUUUUGCAACUGGUGCGUGCAGACGCCGAGGCCCAGCUGCGCUUACCAGCAAUUGGCCAGAGUGGGGCCGUUGUUAAACCGGAUGUACGACACAACAGUUAUACCGAUGUGGAGGAAGAAGAAGAUACUGAAGACACGGCGAAGCGAAGUAAUAACUAUGAUCGAAGCAGAAGUGAAAGAUUUGGGCCGCCCUACGAUGGGGACGGUGAUGGGGAAGUGGAAGAAGAAGACAUGGAAAACUAUCCGCAGAGCAGAAGCAACGAAGACCGACAGGAUCGGCAAAAUAGGCCUUUUUCAUACGAUGAUCGAAAUCGAUACAACAACAACGAUGAUAAUCGAAACUAUGACAGGGACCGAUACCCGCUGGAGCGGGACCGCAAUCGUUACACGUCGGAUGUAGAAAAUCCGAACCUGUAUCAAAACCGUGCUCCAUAUAAUCCCAACCAGCCGGACGAUCGGUACAACCGUAAUCGCUACCCGGACGGUCGGUACGAUCCCGAACGCCGUCCAUACCAGAACGACGUGGACAAUCCAAAUCUCUACCAGGAUCGAACGCCGUACAAUCCAAAUCGGCAAAACCCAUACGAACCCCAGCAAAGACCAUUCGGUCCGGUUGAUAAUUUCAACAACGAUCGCCCUCGGGACCCCUACAACGAGGGUCCGUUUCGAAGCGUCGAAGAGGAACGUCGCUUCCGGCAGGAAACGGAGAAACUUCGCUCCUUUUUGGUGGAUAUUGAUCGGAAGAGUUCGCUCGAAUGUUCCCUCAACGUGGCAGCCCAGUGGAACUUUGAGACCAACGUUAACGAGGCGACCCAGGUCGAAGCGAUCGCAUCCCAGCAGCGCUACAACGAUUUCCAGCGCCUUCUUUGGGAUCAGAUGCGACACAUCGACCAGAGCAAGAUCUUCGAUGACAAACUGUACCGACAAGUUCGGCUCAUGUCGAUUAUCGGUCCCAGUGCCCUGCCUCCGGAUCAACUCGACAGGUACAAUCGAAUCGUGAAUGAUAUGCUGACGAUCUUCAAUGGAGCCCAGAUUUGCGCGUUCGAGCGUCCGUUCGAGUGUGGUUUGCGACUUCAACCGCAUUUGAAAGAUAUUAUGGCCAAGAGUAGGGAUUGGAAUGAACUUCAGUACACGUGGUUGGAAUGGCGACGAAGAUCUGGUAGAAACAUGCGCGAACUUUUCGAGCAGUUGGUUGAUCUGACAAACGAUGCGGCUCGGGUCAACAACUUUACUAAUGGCGCAGCCUACUGGCAGUUCCCCUACGAAUCCCGCGACUUCCGGGAAGAGAUGGAACAAGUUUGGAAGGAAAUCCUGCCACUGUACGAAAUGAUCCAUGCCUACGUUCGUCGAAAGCUGCGCGAGUUCUACGGUCCGGACAAAAUCAAUCGGGACGUCCCGCUUCCGGAUCACAUUCUGGGCGAUAUGUACGGGCAAACCUGGAACAACAUAUUGGACCUGCUGAUUCCGUAUCCGGGCAGAAGUUUCCUGGAGGUUACGCCCGAAAUGGUGAAACAAGGAUACAAUCCACUGGUCAUGUUUCAAAUCGCGGAAGAGUUUUUCGUUUCGAUGAACAUGAGUGCUCUGCCACCGGACUUUUGGCUUACGUCGGUUCUAACUCAGCCCCCGAAUAGACCCGUUCUUUGUCAGCCUUCCGCGUGGGAUUUUUGCAAUGGGAAAGAUUAUCGCUUGAAAAUGUGCACCUCGGUAACGCAUAAGGAUUUCAUCACGGUACACCACGAGCUGGCACAUGUGCAGUAUUUUUUGAACUACAGGAACAACCCGAAAGUGUUUCGGGAUGGGGCCAAUCCAGGAUUCCACGAGGCUCUGGGUGACGCAGUCACCUUAUCGGUCGCAUCACCGAAACAUUUGCAAAAACUUGGCCUGGUACAGAAGAACGUGGACGACACGGCACACGACAUAAACUUUCUGUUCUCGCUGGCACUGGAAAAGGUGACCUUUCUGCCGUUUGCUCUCGCGCUGGAAGCCUGGCGGUACGACAUUUUCGACAAACGUGUCCGAAAGGAGCAGUACAACUGUCACUGGUGGUUGCUUAGGGAGCAGUUUGGAGGUGUUAAGCCACCGUUGCUGAGGUCCGAGCUAGACUUUGAUCCUGGCGCGAAGUACCACGUAGCGGCUAAUAUUCCAUAUAUCAAGUAAGUGGAUUGUUUUUUUCGGCAGGUGUUUCUUGCAAU